AUGCCGGGCGGUUUUCCAUCGCAGCGAGGCGAGAGGAUCCGGGGAGCGCGAGAGAAUCGGCGCGCCCUGAUUGACGACCGUCACUUGAACAUUCUCAUGCGCCUAGAAAGGGCGUUUGGCGUUGAAACACAGACGGCCUCCGAGUGGCUUCUGGAUUUCGGCCAACUUGAGGCUUUGAACAUUUUCUUCGAGGCUAACGGCGCCAAGGUUCUCAUGGUCACCUAUGCCGACCAAAACUUUAACGUGCACAGCACUGCUAAGGAAGCUUUCAAGAUUCAGAAAAAAAAUCUUCGUGGGACCAAAAGAUACUUCUUUCAUAAUGGCCAACUUCCACUAAAAACGGAGACUUACGAGACAUUUACUUGCAAGCUUGAUCCAGCAGCUGGAUUUGUGAUACCAAUGUUCGAUUACCUGAGAAAUUUUAUCCUCCCUGGAGUUCAAGUGCAGGCGGCCAACAUGCAUCAACUCACGCCACGACAGCACGACGACUACUGCGACUACCUUGCCAACUAUAUCAACAGCCUUGAAACUGUCAUCGCCUGCUCACAGGAGCAUGUCAUCUUGCCGCCCUACAUGCUUCAUGAACAGGUCCACUUCAACGAUAUGGAGGGUCUCAUCGCACUCUCAAAGACACCUGAGGGACUGAGCCUUUUGGAGGAGAAUGCCAGUGCUUGGAUGAAAAAGAUAUAUGAGGAGGCGAAGGCAGUGGAGUUGAUUCAUGUGGAGAUAAAUCAGACAGGACCCGAUGGCGAAUUUCGAUUUUGGAAAUGUCAGAUGACACGGAUGAACUCCCUGGUGCAAGAAUUAUCUCGACCCGAUAUCAAAAAUGUCAUUUCCGUACUCGAGCAAGCCAAGUCGACCAUCAUACCCACUUGGGUGCAGUUGGACAAGAAAGUGAAGUAUGCCAACGCUGAGGCUGCAGGGAACGUCAAGUAUCUCAGCGCUGUUGAAAAAUUGUGUGCUCCACUUGUCGUAACGGACAUCAAAACAAUCAUUUCGUGGAUGCCAAAUCUUAUGAAGUCGCUUAAAUUGCUCUUCCAGUGCUCACCAUUCUACAAUACCUAUUCCCACAUGACCGUUCUUUUAGUGAAGAUUACCAACCAGAUAAUCUACAUAUGCAAGCGUUACCUGACGUACAAUGGGACAAAGUCGAUAUGGGAGCAGGACAACGACGAAAUGGUGGCCCGAAUGACCGACUGCAUUGAGGUGAACCUGGCCUACCAGACAGCCUACCGAGUGACACGACAGGGGAUGAUCGACGCCAAAGAAAAGCGUAUCUUUAACUUCUCCGAGGUUCAGAUAUUUGGCAACAUGAACCUUUUCACCCAGCGUCUCGACUAUUUGACGCGAGUACUCAAAACGUUGAAGCAGUACUCUGUUCUCCACGAAUUCGUUCUUGAAGGCAAAGAACCGAUGAUAGCUAAAUUCGAUCGCCUUAAGUCGAUGAUCGCAUCAAGGCCCUACGACUACCUUGAUCACAGAAAUUCAAUGUUCGAAGCUGAUUACGACGAAUUCAAAGAACGAAUUUCUGAAAUUCAUGAUAUGUUGCUGAGCACUAUUAGUGCUAACUUCACCAAACCAAGCAGCUUAAUGAAUGCAGUCAGGCUUCAGGAGCGUCUAGAGACUAUCAACAUACCUGGACUGGAGCACGGUACUCGAUAUCGCCAGUUGUGUGACAGAUUGAUGCAGGAGAUCAACAAUAUUAUGGACCAAUUCCAGACAAACUUCGCAUCACCUCCCCUGGGGCGCAAUAUGCCUCCCUUCGGAGGUCGAAUCGCGUGGGCGAGAAACUUCUACAGACGACUCGAGGAGCCCAUGAAUGCUAUCUGCACAAAGGCACCCAAAGCCCUUAUCUCACCAGAUGGUCAAGAUCUCGUCUCGGCAUACAACGAAGUCACAGGGAAGAUCGUCGGAUAUGAGAUCGCCGUCUAUCAAACGUGGACUAAACUCAUUCUCAAAAAACUGAAUGGUCUCUCGGCAUCACUCAUUGUAUACAGUCAUCAGCCUGCACCAUUUGGCAGACCAUUUGUAAAUCUGGACCCAGACAUUAUUGGUCUUCUUCGUGAGAUAUUUGUAAUGGACAAACUUCAAUGUCCAAUCCCUUCAUUUGCUAAGGAGACCCUUCUUAAGGCCAAAUACAUCAAAUACCACUAUGAACAACUUAAGUACAUGUGCGGCAGAUACGUUCAAAUCACUAGCUCAGUUCCUGAGAAAUAUCACGUCUUGGUCAUACCUUCCAUGAUGAGGGUCAACCGGGCGCUUGAACCUGGAAUGCACCUGCACAAUUGGAACAGCAUUACGACUAUGAACUACGUAAACAAUGUUCUGAGCACCCUGACGGAAUUUGAGCGGCUGUUGAAGCAAAUCGACGACAUCUCCGUCAACCGAAUCGACUUCGUGUUGUCAGAGCUAAGUCAGACGACGAUACUCUCAUUGCCAGGUCCAGAUGAUCCAGCCUUGGAGAUAUUUGAUCUCGUACGCCUUGCCAAGGGUCAGAUCCUUGCGGCUGCGGACACUAUGAAUGCUCUCACUAUCACUGUGCUCAAGGCCACUGUUGAGAUGCUAAACAUUCUCCUGGAAGACUACGACAAGUUUGUAGAUGAGAACAACCUUGAAAAGAUUAUUGCCGACGAAGUCCAAAUCCGUUAUGCACAUAUGGAAAACCAGGAGCCCAAUGGAGGAGGUCCGAAUCGAACAAAAGCAGCGAACUCAGAGGCAGCUACAUCUGGCAAAGCCGCAGUGGUGACGAAGGGCAAUAACGGGGGAGUAGAGUCGCAAACUGCGACGCAGACGAAGGAGGAUCUUAAACUGCCACCAGAGGUGCACGCCUCCCUAAAAACCGCGGUGCAAGUGGCCCUUGCAGCGGACGACAUGAUGAUGAACCUUGGCACCCGUGCUACCGAGGCCGUUUGUCAGUCGGUGCGCACUGCCCUAGACUCCAUUUGGAGCCGUCUUGCGGUCAAGGAGGCUGCUGGGAUUCUCAAGGACAUUCCCGCGGGAAUGAAAGUCAAAGCAGAGAGUACACGGCCACAGCCGCUGGUGCGGUGCUACGCGCGAUUGGUGGGCACCCAGGUGGACAUUUGGCCGCGACCAGCGGAGAUCCAGGCGGCGCUGCGCAGUAUUGUGGGCGGCAUCGAGGGCAGUUGCAAAGGCGUUCUGGCAUGGGGCAUGGACGGACGCAAGCGUGAAAUCAAUGAGAAAGUCCUCACCGCGGGCCCAUUUGACAACGAGCUAGCUCAUGAUGGCACCUCCGUCACUGCGGGUAGCAACUCCCAAACCUCGGCAGAUGAGAAGCAUGUAAGCAUGUUUGUGCCGAGCUCCAACAGCAGCACGCACACUGAAGCCGGGGAGACGGAGAACUCAUUAUCGCCGCCUGGACCACCAGGCCCCUCGGCGUCGACGUGGGGUGCUGAGGUGGAGGGAGGCUCAAAUGCCGAUACCCAGGGCCUCCCAGGCUCUGGCGGGGGUACCAACUCCGACAGCAACUCGAGAAAGAUGCGGGGUUCGAGAAACACGUUAUUCGCCAAACAAAUUACAGGAAUGUUGGAAACUGACAUAACCCUUCGCUUUAACACAUACAAGGAGGUUCAUGGCGAUAGAGAGAUCUAUCGCCUACGCAACUUCAUCUCCUCUGGCUUGCAGCAAAUGAAAAAGAUUGUUUUCCAAAAUGACGGAUUCAUUUACGAGACAGAGUCCCUCACCUCCUACUUGGAACAGUUCAGUCACAUCUACAAGUGUGACGUUGAUGCCGAGUUGGAGGCCUUUCUUGGAGCAGAACCCUGUAUGCACGAAUUUCAGAUGAAAUUCUCUUACUUACAAAGUUUCGAGGAACAGAUAGAGCGGGAACCCGACCACUACGUUGUCGGUGCCCUCUACGUUGGCCUGGAUGAUUUCAAGCGCAAAAUUAGAAUCACCCUCAAUGCGCUAAAGAAGGCAAGUUGUACCUCUCCCCUCAAAUCACAUUCGAAUUUCCUUCGAGAUAUUAUUGGCCUGAGUUUUCUUAGGUUGUUGAAGAAUUAUGUGCAAGCCUUCAUCAGUGAAUUCAUCUCCCCACUGGAUGAGAUUCAAAACCAGAUCGAGGAGUGGGACCGAAACCUCGCGAAGAAAAUAACAAACCUCGACGACAUCGCCUUCGUCAUGGACACCCUGGCUGACAUUCGAGAGAAGGACAUCAAACAGGACAUGACGCUUCUACGGUGUGAAGAUGCGACAAACCUCAUCUCCAAGUACAAUAUGCCAUUCCCAAAGGAACUCUCAGACCGCGUGGAGUCGUGUCGAUACGCCUACUUUCGGAUCAAGGAGAAGGCGCUGCAAAAGCUUGACCACCUUCUCAGUAUCCAAGCUGGGUAUAGAGACGGUCUUCUGGAAAGCAUUAAAGCUCUGAAAGAAUUAGUUGAGGAAUUUGAGACGGACUAUGACGAGAAAGGGCCAAUGGUGCCAGGACUUCCACCACAGAUUGCACUAGAUAGACAAAUUCAAUUUAAAAAUCGACAUGACAACCUAACACGCAAGAUGUUGACAGCUCGUAAAGGGGAGGAGCUCUUCGGUCUGCCCAUCACUGACUACUCACGUUUGGGAGGGAUUGGCAAGGAGUUGGAUCUUCUGCAGAGACUCUACGGGCUCUACAAUGAGGUCAGUAAGACCGUCAGUGGCUAUUAUGACAUCGUGUGGCGUGAUGUCAAUAUGGAAAAAAUCGCCGCCGAUCUGGAGGAAUUUCAGAGGAAAUGCAAGCGCUUGCCGAAGGCUCUUAAAAGUUGGCCAGCCUACACAGACUUGGAGAAGACCAUAAACGACUUUAACGAGAAGGUGCCACUGCUGGAGAUGAUGACCAACAAGGCGAUGAAGCCGCGUCACUGGCAGCGAUUGGCAGCUCUCACCAAUUACAACUUUGAUGUGGAGUCGGAGAGCUUCAUGUUGAAGACCAUGUUGGACGCUCCACUGCUGGAAUCGAAGGAUGAUGUAGAGGACAUCUGCAUCUCCGCGGUGCGCGAGAAGGAUAUUGAAGCAAAACUCUCCGGCGUUAUCGUGGAUUGGACCCACCAGGAGCUGAAACUCGCGUCUUUUAAGGCGCGCGGUGAACUGCUUUUAAAGGGGGACCGAGUGUCUGAAAUCGUUCCGAUGCUUGAAGACUCUCUCAUGAUUCUUGGAUCGCUAAUGAGUAACAGAUACAACGUGCCAUUCAGGAAGCCUAUUCAGGAGUGGGUGCAAAAGCUCAGCGUUACCAGUGAGGUGCUAGAAAAUUGGAUGCGAGUCCAGAACCUUUGGGUGUACCUAGAAGCAGUGUUUGUUGGUGGCGAUAUCGCAAAGCAGCUGCCACAGGAGGCGAAGCGCUUCCAGACUGUUGACAAGGCUUGGGUGAAGGUGAUGGACCGGGCGCGUGACAACCCCAACGUCGUCGCUUGCUGUGCCGGCGAUGGCUCAUUGACGGAGAUACUGCCGCGCCUACUGAAUCAACUGGAGGUCUGUCAGAAGUCACUCUCGGGCUAUUUGGAGAAGAAGCGCCUGAAGUUUCCACGCUUUUUCUUCGUCUCCGAUCCAGUGUUGCUGGAGAUCCUCGGUCAGGCCUCCGAUCCCACAGCUAUUCAGCCCCACCUGCUAGCCAUCUUUGACAAUACCAAGAGUGUCCUCUUCUCAGAGAAGGCUCCCGAUAUCCUAGCAGCAUUUUCAAGUGAAGGCGAACGUUUAGAUAUGUUCGCCCCGGUAAAAUGUGAGGGUCAGGUGGAGAGUUGGUUGAAUACCCUCCUUAUUACCAGUCGCCUAUCACUUCACCUCAGUAUCCAAAAAGCCAGUUUUCUGAUCAUGGAUCCCUCCUGUGAACUCAUUGAGUUUUUCACUGCCCAACUGGCACAGAUAGGUAUAAUAGGUCUGCAGAUUAUUUGGACCAUGGACGCUACAGAAGCACUCAAGGAAGCUAAGGUGGAACCGAAAGCCAUGACUAAGACGAAUAAGCACUUUCUGGACGUCCUCAAUCUCCUCAUAAACGAAACUACAAAGGACCUGAACUCGCUGCAGAGAACCAAGUUUGAGACUCUUAUCACUAUCAUGGUUCAUCAGAGAGAUAUCUUCGACGACUUGGCAAGUGGACAGAUCCACAUCAUAUUUACUUAUUCUUACGUAUUACCUAACUACCUGCAACAAUUCUAUGAGUAUUUAGUCAAGCAAGGUAUCAAAUCACCCGACGACUUUGAAUGGACCAAGCAGACUCGUACCUACUUCAACGAAGAAGUGGACGCCUGUGUCGUUUCGAUUACUGACGUCGACUUUGCCUACCAAAACGAGUUUCUCGGUUGCACUGAGCGGCUGGUUAUCACUCCUCUCACAGAUCGGUGCUACAUCACUCUCAGCCAGGCCCUCAGCAUGCACCUGGGCGGUGCGCCGGCAGGUCCUGCAGGCACGGGUAAGACGGAGACCACCAAGGACAUGGGGCGAUGCCUGGGCAAGUAUGUGGUUGUCUUCAACUGUUCUGAUCAAAUGGACUUCCGUGGUCUGGGUCGUAUUUACAAGGGUUUGGCUCAGUCUGGCUCAUGGGGUUGCUUUGAUGAGUUCAAUCGAAUUGAGCUGCCUGUAUUGUCAGUAGCCGCUCAGCAGAUCGCCAUUGUUCUCAGUGCCAAACGAGACGGUAUGAGUAGCUUCAUCUUUACAGAUGGUGACGAGGUAUCUCUGGAUCCCGAGUUCGGUAUCUUCUUGACCAUGAAUCCAGGGUAUGCCGGGCGCCAAGAGCUGCCAGAAAACUUAAAAAUCAACUUUCGCAGUGUAGCUAUGAUGGUGCCUGAUCGCCAAAUCAUUAUUCGUGUUAAACUAGCUGCCUGUGGUUUUGUGGAUAACAUUAUUCUCGCACGAAAGUUCUUUGUGCUUUACAAACUCUGUGAGGAGCAACUAACCAAGCAGGUGCACUACGACUUUGGUUUGCGGAACAUCCUCUCGGUGUUGCGCACGUUGGGUUCAGCACGUCGCAAGAACCCGAAGGAUAGUGAGGAUCGCACGGUGAUGAGGGGACUGCGUGAUAUGAAUCUCUCAAAGUUGGUAGACCAGGACGAGCCGCUCUUCAACUCCCUUAUCGAUGACCUCUUCCCUGGGACUAUCCUCGAGAAGGCCACUUACCCUGAGCUCCAGAGAGCCAUUGAAAAUGCCACCUCGCAGUUCAACCUCAUCAACCACCCUGCCUGGAACCUUAAAGUCGUUCAGCUCUAUGAGACGCAGAAUGUGCGUCACGGAAUGAUGGCCCUGGGACCCUCGGGAGCUGGUAAGACGGCCUGCAUUAGAACUCUGAUGGCGGCCAUGACGGAGUUCUGGGAGCCGCAUCGAGAGAUGCGCAUGAAUCCCAAAGCCAUCACUGCGCCCGAAAUGUUCGGUCGGUUGGAUGUCUCGACCAAUGACUGGACUGACGGUAUCUUCUCUACCCUCUGGCGUCGGACGCUGAAGAAGAAGCCCAACGAGCACAUUUGGCUUAUCUUGGAUGGACCUGUAGACGCUAUUUGGAUAGAAAAUCUCAAUUCCGUAUUAGACGACAACAAGACUUUGACUCUAGCCAAUGGAGAUCGUAUUCCCAUGGCACCUAACACCAAAAUUCUCUUUGAGGUGCACAAUAUUGAUAAUGCUUCUCCUGCCACUGUUUCUCGCAAUGGGAUGGUUUUCAUGUCAAGUUCUGUGCUGGAAUGGGAUCCGAUAUCGAAGGCCCGACUGAAUUAUAGGCCGGACAACGAGAGGAGAAAGUUUCACGAACUCUUUCAAAACUCCUUCCCACAAAGCUAUAGGUUUGUCUCACAGACCCUUGCUAUAAAAAUGCCGUACCUGGAAGCCUUCUUCGUACAUCAGCUCUGCACACUCCUGGAUGGGUUGCUUGUUCUUGAAAACCAACAAGGCAACACGGAUAAAUACUUGGAGCGUAUCUACAUUUUUGCUCUUAUGUGGUCUAUUGGAGCUUUGAUAGAGUUGGAUGAUCGAGCCCGUCUGGAGAAGUUCUGGAGAACGGAACUCAGUGUAAAACUCGAUCUUCCAUCUGUUGAUGACUCGAAAUCUGAGACUAUUUUCGAGUACUUUGUUGGUCCCAAUGGUGAAUGGGUUCACUGGUCAUCUCGUAUCGAUGAGUACAUCUAUCCAACUGACAAGGAUCCUGAAUUCUCCAGUAUUUUGGUGCCAAACGUGGAUAAUAUCCGAACGGAUUACCUCAUCCGACUUGUAGGCAAACAGGAGAAGGCUGUCCUUCUAACUGGCGAGCAGGGGACAGCGAAAACAGUCAUGCUCUCAAAAUACAUGGCCAGUUUUCCCAUUGACGCAUACACCUUUAAAUCUUUGAACUUCUCGUCAGCCACUACACCAGGACUUUUUCAGAGAACCAUGGAGAGUUUUGUUGAGAAGCGCGUAGGCACAACGUUCGGUCCGCCAGCAGGGAAGAAAAUGAUUCUCUUUGUAGAUGAUAUCAGCAUGCCCAUGAUCAACGAUUGGGGUGAUCAAGUGGCGAACGAGAUUGUUCGUCAAACUAUGGAAAUGAGGGGUUUCUACAGCCUAGACAAACCAGGCGAAUUCACAAACAUUGUCGACGUUCAAUUCCUCGCAGCUAUGAUUCACCCUGGUGGUGGACGUAACGACAUCCCAGAACGUCUGAAGCGCCAGUUCGCCUGUUUCAAUUGCACUCUUCCAAGUAACAACUCCAUUGACAAGAUCUUCAGUACAAUUGGUUUGGGCCACUACUGUCAGGCGCGUGGAUUCACUGAGGAAGUGAUAAACAUGGUGCGAGAUCUGGUCCCAUUUGUGCGGAGGGUUUGGCAACAAACCAAAACCAAGAUGCUCCCUACGCCAGCCAAAUUUCACUAUAUAUUUAACCUGCGUGAUCUCAGUCGAAUAUGGCAAGGCAUUAUCUAUGGCACUAGCGAAGUGUUUACUACACCAGACCUGCUCAUAAAACUGUGCAAGCACGAGAUGACUCGAGUCAUCGCAGAUCGUUUCAUUGAUCCGGCAGAUCUGAUAUGGUUUGACAGAAACUUUAACCGCACCCUGGAGGAUAUGAUGGGCGAGGAGGUGGCCUCUAGUGCACAAGAUGAGGUCUUUUUCGUUGACUUUAUGAGAGAUCCACCAGAGGCGACAGGAGAGGAAGGUGAAGACUUCGAUUUCUCUGCUCCAAAGGUUUAUGAACCCAUUUUUGAGCUGGGAGUUCUAGUGGAUCGUCUCAACAACUUCCUGAGAGAGCGCAACGAGUCUGUGCGUGGAGCGCCGCUGGAUAUUGUCUUCUUCAGAGAUGCAGUGAUUCACUUGGUGAAGGUGUCGAGAGUCAUCCGAACACCCCGUGGAAACUGUCUCCUGGUGGGUGUUGGUGGUUCUGGUAAGCGAUCCGUUACGCGACUUGCAACUUACAUCGCCGACUAUGCCGACUUCAGCAUUGUCCUUACAAGAUCCUACAACGUGAAUGAUUUCUUGGAUGAUUUGAGAACUCUUUAUCGUAAAGCCGGUCAGGAAGGCAAGGGAGCCACAUUUGUCUUCACAGAUUCAGAUGUGAAGGAGGAGGCUUUUCUCGAGUAUAUGAAUAAUAUGCUCACUUCAGGGAUGGUCUCAGGUCUCUUUAGUCGAGAUGAUAUUGACGACAUCCUGAACGCCCUUAUCCCUGUAAUGAAAAGGGAGUUUCCUCGUCGUCCGCCGGAUAUUGAAACUCUCAAUGAGUACUUUCUUCAGCGCAUUCGUAAGAACCUCCACAUUUGUCUUUGCUUUUCACCCAUCGGCAAGCGGUUCCGCACCUGGGCGCUCUACUUCCCUGGUCUUAUCUCGGGCUGUACUAUCGACUGGCUGCAUAAGUGGCCCAAAGACGCUCUGUUGGCGGUAGCAAAGCAGUACAUGGGCAAUUUCAACAUUGAAAGCUCGGCCUCGGUGAAAGAGAGAGUCAUUGAUCUGGUCGCCACCGUUCAUGAUGGCGUCGCUAUCAAGUGCGAGCAGUACUUUGAGCGCUACCGCCGCACUGCCCAUGUGACACCCAAGUCGUACAUAUCUUUCCUUAGUGGUUACAGCAAGGUAUAUGGCCAACAACUCGCCAACAUACAGUCUCUUAUCAAUAGGCUAUCAUCCGGUCUGCAAAAACUUGACGAAGCCCAAGAGUCGAUUGCUAAGUUGAGUGUAGAACUGGUUGAGAAGAAGAAGGAACUUCAGAUAGCUAACGCUGAAGCAGAAGUCGUGCUAUCGGACGUGAUGCAGCAGACUCAAGCUGCUGAGCAAGUGAAAAAUAAAGUGCUGGUUGUAAAAAAUAAAUGCGAAACAAUUGUUAGUAGCAUUGCAGCAGAGAAGUUAGUAGCGGAAGGGAAGUUGGAAGCUGCCAAACCAGCUUUGGAAGAGGCUGAGGCGGCACUAAAUACCAUAAAGCCUGGCGAUAUCGCCACUGUAAGGAAACUAGCCAAGCCGCCUCACCUUAUCAUGCGCAUCAUGGACUGCGUACUCCUCCUAUUCCAACGUCCUCUCCUUCCGUUCCAAGAGGAUCCCGACCGUCGUGGCUGCAUGAAACCCUCUUGGAAUGAUUCGCUCAAACUUAUGGCGAACACCAACUUCCUCCAGAACCUUCUGAACUUUCCCCGGGACUACAUUACAGAAGAGACAGUUGAUUUGAUGGAACCAUACUUUAUGGCCGAAGAUUAUAAUCUGGAGACUGCAAAAAAGGUGUGCGGAAACGUUGCAGGUCUGUGUGCCUGGACAACAGCAAUGGAAAAGUUUUAUUGGAUUAAUAAAGAAGUCAUCCCUCUGAAGGACAAUUUAGCCAAACAGGAAAUAAAAUUGAAUGCUGCCAAGAUUGACCUAGCCAAAGCGGAAGCAGUUUUGGAGGAGAAGGAGAGGCAGCUGUCGAUUGUGCGCGCUCUCUUUGAGAAGGCGAUGCUGAGAAAGAAAGAGCUGGCAGAGGAUGCGGAGGCUUGCCAGAAGCGCAUAGCUACAGCCACCACUCUAAUCGAUGGACUGUCAGGCGAGAAAGUGCGAUGGACGGAGGAAACCCGCACACUCGGGGACCAGGUCAUUCGUCUCGUAGGGGAUGUUCUCAUGGCCACUGCGUUUCUGUCAUACUGUGGGUGUUUCAACCAGGACUUUAGAAAUCGAAUAAUCAACUCAUGGGUAAAGAGUCUUAUGAAAAUGAAGAUUCCUCACACCCACAACCUUGACCUCAUCAACAUGCUGACUGAAGGUCCAACGAUCGCUGAAUGGAACUUGGAGGGCCUUCCAAGUGACGAUUUAUCAGUUCAAAAUGCGAUUAUCGUCACUCAGGCCUCGAGAUAUCCUCUACUGAUUGACCCACAGAGUCAGGGUAAGAACUGGAUCAUAAAGCACGAGGCUGCCCACAACAUGCUGGUGACUACACUUGAACACCGGUACUUUAGAACGCAUUUAGAGGACUCCCUAUCACAGGGACGCCCACUUCUCAUAGAGAAUAUUGGUGUGGAUUUAGAUCCCGUCCUUGAUAACAUCUUUGACAAGAAUUUCCUCAAGUCUGGUACCGGCUUGAAGGUCAAGGUGGGAGAUAAGGAGGUAGAGAUAAGCCCGGGUUUUACUCUCUACAUCACCACAAAGCUGCCUAAUCCAGCCUACAGCCCUGAGAUAUUUGCUCGAACGUCGUUAAUCGACUUCACCGUCACAAGCAAAGGUCUUGAGGAUCAGCUACUAGCUCGUGUCAUUCAAACAGAAAAGGAGGAACUGGAACAGAUGCGAAUAAAUUUGAUCGCUCAGAUGACGGCGAACAAGAGACGCAUCCUUGAUCUAGAGGACAACUUGUUGAUGCGAUUAGCGAGCACCGAGGGCUCCCUGGUGGAUGAUCAGGGUCUGGUGGACGUACUUCAGACCACCAAGUCGACCUCUAUUGAGGUUGCAGAGCAGAUCGCACUGGCGCAGGAGACGGAGACCGAAAUAACUGCUGCUCGAGAGGAAUAUCGUCCAGUAGCCGCGCGCGGUUCCCUCCUCUACUUCCUCCUUAGCGAGGUCUCCGCGGUGAAUCCAAUGUAUCAGACAGGUCUGGGCCGAUUCCUCAAGCUCUUUGACGAGUCAAUGGAGCUCUCCGAAAAAUGUGUUGUCACCGCUCGGCGAAUCAUCAACAUAAUUGAAUAUAUGACCUACAGCGUGUGGUCCUUUGCGGUGCGAGGUAUGUUCAAGCUGGAUAAGACAAUGGCCACGCUCAUGUUGGCGCUUCGUAUUGAUCUCCAGCGGAAGGCUGUUCGGCACGAGGAAUUUAUGGUCUUUAUACAGGGCGGAUCCGCAUUGGACCUCAAGACGUGUCCGGCGAAGCCAGGGAAGUGGAUAUCCGAUCUGACAUGGUUGAAUCUGGUGGCUCUUUCCAAGCUUACCGAGUUUAGCAGCAUUGUUCAACAGGUGACCAGCACAGAGAAGCAGUGGCGUCUAUGGUUCGACAAGGAAGCUCCGGAGGAAGAGACCAUCCCUUGCGGCUAUGAGCACACCCUCGACGUCUUCCGUCGUCUUCUGCUUAUCCGCUCUUGGUGUCCGGAUCGAGCCCUUCAGCAGGCUAAGAAGUACAUCGUACACUCUCUCGGUCAGGCCUACAUUGAGGACGUUCCUGUCAAUAUCAUAGAUCUUUCCAAUGAAGCCGAUGCAAGGACGCCUUUAUGUGGUCUCCUUAGUAUGGGUGCUGACCCCACUCCCUUCAUUGAGCACGCGGCUCGAAAGGUUCGGAUAAACCUGGGGGUGGUUUCAAUGGGCCAGGGGCAAGAGAUUUAUGCGCGUCGGCUACUGAAAACAGCGAUUGUUGAGGGAAAUUGGGUGCUGUUGCAGAAUUGCCAUCUUUGUAUAGAAUAUGUGCAGGAAUUGUUCGAGAUGCUCACCACAUUUGUCCAUGAUCAGUUUCGGCUCUGGAUCACCACUGAGGAGCACAAAAUGUUCCCCAUCAAUCUCCUCCAGAUCGCCAUCAAGUUCACUAACGAGCCACCAGAAGGUAUCAAAGCGAACCUUACGCGCACCUACCUUGGCAUCACGCAGGACUUUUUAGAGAUCUGUGUCACCAAUCAUUGGCGCAUCAUACUCUACUCGUUGGCCUACCUCCACUGCACUGUGCAAGAGAGACGCAAGUAUGGACCCCUGGGUUGGUGCAUUCCCUAUGAGUUCAACCAAUCUGAUUUCAAUGCCAGUGUACAGUUUCUGCAAAACCAUCUUGACAGUUUGCAGUUCAAGAAGGGUCAGAGGAUUAGCGGAAUCGACUGGAAAUGCACCUGCUACAUGAUUUCGGAGAUACAGUACGGUGGGAGGGUGACUGACGACUUCGAUCUUCGAUUGCUCAAGUGCUUGACUCGCAAUAGCUUCCAAGAGGCAAUGUUCUCACCGGAAUAUACCAUGGUUGAGCACUACCCCAUUCCUCUGUUUGGAACAGUAGCUGAAUACCUCAACUACAUUAAGAAUGACUUGCCCCCACGUGACAGUCCCGAAGCAUUCGGUCUCCAUACUAACGCAGACAUUAAUUACUCUACGCAGACUACGCGUCGAAUUCUCGCAACCAUCGUCUCCAUUCAGCCGAAGGAUGAUUCAGGCGAUUUGGGGGACGGAAAGGAUGAGGAUGAUAGCGAUACUGGUGGAACUCAUAAGCCGGCCGUAGAGACUCGUGAGAUGAUCGUUCACCGGAUCUGCACGGAGCUUCUGAAGAAGCUUCCACCACCCUACAUACCCUUCCAAGUAGCUGAGCAAUUGAAAGCCCUCGGUGCCCUGAAACCCUUAAACAUCUUCCUCCGCCAGGAGGUUCAGAGGAUGAACAAAGUGAUAAAACUGGUUCUCGCCACCCUGACAGACCUUCGCCUUGCUAUUGAUGGAACCGUUGUGAUGAACGAGGACCUCCGAGACGCCCUAGACUGCAUUUACGAUGCCCGAGUUCCUGCUUUCUGGAUAAAGUCAUCCUGGGACUCCUCAACGCUCGGAUUCUGGUUCUCAGAGCUUUUGGAACGGAACACGCAAUUCUCAACAUGGCUGGAGAAGGGCCGUCCGCUGUACUUCUGGAUGACAGGUUUUUUCAAUCCCCAGGGCUUCCUCACAGCGAUGCGUCAGGAGAUAAGUCGUUCUCACGAGGGUUGGUCACUGGACUCCGCGGUCCUUUCAAGUCACGUGACCAAACUCAAUGUCGACGAAGUGCGAGAGCCUCCGCCGGAGGGGGUUUUUGUCUAUGGUCUCUUCAUCGAAGGUGCCGCCUGGGAGCGCAGAUCAGGGAGGUUAAUUGAAGCUCGUCCCAAGAUCCUCUACGAACCCAUGCCUGUCAUUCAUCUAUUCGCAGUACAGGAAGGCAAGAAGACUGUGGUGGGACGACUGCCCUAUACCUGCCCGAUUUACCGCAAACCCAAACGAACCGACCUUAUGUAUGUGACCUCGCUGGAUUUGGCAUGUUCAAAGAAUCCGGACCAUUGGAUCAAACGGUCCGUUGCCCUCCUCUGUGACAUCAAGUAG